AAAUAAAUAAAGACUUAUUGUACAGAAAUAAAAUGGUUGAGGUAGAAGCAAAGCAUAUUCUCCACAGUGGCAUUUUUCAUCCUGUUUUACGACAAUGGCAAUCACCAAAUGUAGAGAUUACGGUUAAUGCUCUCAUGUAUCCAAUCUUCAUCACGGAUGAACAAGAUGCUAAAGAUCCCAUUGCUAGCAUGCCAGGUGUUUAUCGGUAUGGCAUUAAUCAUUUGCGAAAAAUGUUACAGCCAUUGGUUUCAAAAGAGAAACAGAAGGAAGAUAUUGGGACAGUCAUUGGAAUUGAUUUAGGCACAACAUAUUCUUGUGUUGGAGUUUAUAAAAAUGGAAGGGCAGAGAUUAUAGCCAAUGAUCAAGGAAACAGAAUUACACCUUCCUAUGUGGCAUUUACUGCUGAUGGUGAACGUUUAAUCGGAGAUGCUGCAAAGAACCAAUUGACCACAAAUCCUGAGAAUACAGUUUUUGAUGCCAAACGAUUAAUUGGUAGAGAAUGGUCAGAUCCUACUGUACAACGUGAUAUCAAGUUCUUUCCAUUUAAAGUAGUUGAGAAAAAUAGCAAGCCACAUAUAAGAAUGGCAAUUAAUGGUGAGGAAAAAGUAUUCGCACCUGAAGAAAUCUCUGCUAUGGUACUUGGUAAAAUGAAGGAGACAGCAGAAGCAUACUUAGGCAAGAAAGUUACUCAUGCUGUUGUUACUGUACCAGCUUAUUUUAACGAUGCCCAGAGACAGGCUACUAAAGAUGCAGGUACUAUUUCUGGACUUGUCGUUAUGAGAAUCAUCAAUGAACCUACAGCUGCUGCAAUUGCUUACGGUUUGGAUAAGAAAGAUGGAGAAAAGAACGUGUUAGUUUUUGACUUGGGUGGUGGUACCUUUGAUGUCAGUUUGCUUACAAUUGAUAAUGGAGUGUUUGAGGUUGUUGCAACAAACGGUGACACUCAUUUAGGUGGUGAGGACUUUGAUCAACGUGUAAUGGAUCACUUUACCAAACUGUAUAAGAAGAAAAAAGGCAAAGAUAUUCGCAAGGAUAGUAGAGCUUUACAAAAAUUGCGUCGUGAAGUUGAGAAAGCUAAAAGAGCACUCAGUGUUAGCCACCAAGUGAGGAUCGAAAUUGAAUCAUUCUUCGAAGGUGAAGACUUCUCCGAGACCUUAACGCGUGCCAAAUUUGAGGAGUUGAACAUGGAUCUUUUCCGUAGUACCUUGAAACCUGUACAAAAAGUUCUAGAAGAUUCCGACAUGAAUAAGAAAGAUGUAGAUGAAAUUGUACUCGUUGGAGGUUCCACUAGAAUUCCUAAAGUUCAACAAUUAGUUAAAGAAUUCUUUGGCGGCAAAGAGCCGUCACGGGGUAUUAAUCCUGACGAGGCCGUCGCAUAUGGUGCUGCUGUGCAAGCUGGUGUCCUUUCUGGAGAGCAAGAUACAGAUGCUAUUGUACUUCUAGAUGUCAACCCACUUACUAUGGGUAUUGAAACUGUUGGAGGUGUGAUGACUAAACUCAUUCCAAGGAAUACCGUGAUUCCGACCAAGAAAUCGCAAAUCUUCUCUACUGCGUCUGAUAAUCAACAUACAGUAACGAUCCAAGUAUACGAAGGUGAACGUCCAAUGACGAAAGACAACCAUCUUCUGGGUAAAUUCGAUCUUACUGGCAUCCCACCAGCACCAAGGGGUAUACCACAAAUUGAAGUUACCUUUGAAAUCGAUGCUAAUGGUAUUCUACAAGUAUCUGCUGAGGACAAGGGAACUGGAAAUCGGGAAAAGAUUGUUAUUACCAAUGACCAAAACCGUCUUACUCCCGAUGACAUAGAAAGGAUGAUAAAGGAUGCCGAGAAAUUUGCUGAUGAUGACAAAAAAUUAAAAGAACGAGUAGAAGCACGCAAUGAACUCGAAUCUUAUGCAUAUUCUUUGAAAAAUCAAUUAGCUGAUAAGGAGAAACUUGGCUCGAAAGUUAGCGAUUCCGACAAGGCCAAAAUGGAGGAAGCUAUCGAAGAAAAAAUUAAAUGGUUAGAAGAGAAUCCAGAUACUGAUCCAGAAGAAUAUAAGACACAAAAGAAAGAACUUAUGGAUAUUAUUCAGCCCAUUAUUGCCAAAUUGUAUCAGGGUGCAGGUGGUGGAGUUCCACCAACCGGAGGAGAUGAAGAAGAUCUGAAAGAUGAGCUUUAACUAAAAUAUGAUCAGUACUUGUAUUCGUCCUAAUUUAGACUGAAUUGAUACAGUCUCAUGCAAAUGUGCAGAGAUUAAUACGUCGUUGAUAUGUCGAGUAUAAAAGACUGGUCGACGAACGUUUGUUAUCCAUUAAGUUACAUCAGAAGUAAACAAUACAUGACUGUGGAAAUUAAUCUAUGUAUUGUACUACAGCAUAUUUGUCAUAACAGUCAUGAUUUUAAUUUUCUCGAUAAAAGAACAUAUAUCUAAUUGAAGGAAUUUUAUUACCGAAAGUAGCUUCACUAGUUUCCACAUAAGAUAUUGCGCGUUAAUUUAUUUUAAUUAAUUGUUUUGUAUGUUUCAUUACAUAUACUGGAAUAAGCAAUUAUGUAAUUCGCGUUACAGGUUUUGCAAUGCGCUGUGUGAGGACAGAGUGAAUGUGCAAGCGUGUAUGACUUGCGCCUAUUACUGCCUGUAGAUAAACUAUAUCGUACUAUGUACAAUAUAGCUGUUCUGUGUGAAUGAAUGUCAUAUGUAUCAGUAUCACGGAAAUAAACAUUUUUUCAGUAAAUUACAAUAAAAA